AUGCCUCCAAAGAAGCGCCCGGCGGCGCGGAGUGAAGACGAAUUUGAGAGUUCGUCGCCAGCGAAGAGAAAUAGGAGCGAAUUAGCCCGCGCUUCUAGUGUAAAGCCUGUUGAGCAAAGAGGGGCCGCGAAGAAAGCUGAAGCUGCGCUCAAGCAGACUGCCUUGGAUUCGGAGAAAAUUCAUACCGAGCAAGGCGGUAUGGCUAAAAAGUCUGUAGUGACGAAAAAGGCUCAAGUUGCGCUCAAGCAGACUGCUCUGAAUUCAGAGGUAACUGAUACUAAGCAAGGCGGUACGGCUAAAAAGUCUGUAGUGACGAAAAAGGCUCAAGCUACGCUCAAGCAGACUGCUUUGGACUCAGAGGUAACUGAUACUAAGCAAGGCGGUGCGGCUAAAAGGCCCGAAGCCGCGACUAAGCAGACUGCCUCGACUACAAAGGACGUCUCAGGAAAGAAAGGUGCAGCUGCCAACAAAGCUAUUCAAGGAAAAAAAGGUAAAGUUACAGACCUAUACUCCUUCCGUGGGCUUCUUUUGGCAGGAAAUUUAUUGACUUAAUGGAGAAAUAGCCAACUCAAAGCCAAAGACUACGGUCAAUGAUCGAACAAAAGCGAUUAUAAUUGAGGAUGAAGAAGUGACCCAGCCCAGAGAUAUGGUCGUAAAAGAUCAAGGAUCUCCCGCCCGAAAAAAAGGUCCGCGUCGCGCAAUAUUGAAGCAUUUUCCACCAGCCAACACAAUGUUUCCAGAGGAUCAAUCCGGCGAUAUUUAUGUCUUACUCGGACCGCCAGGAAGUUUGUAUGCGGUUCGGCUUCACUCAGCCGUACUUCGUGCAAACUCGGAUUGGUUCUCCCGUUCGCUAAGCGACAGUGUUGCAGAGUGCAAUGCAAAGCUAGCAUCAGACUUUACAAAGCAGAACAGAAUUGCACACCGGUAUGAAAUAGAAUUGAGGAAUGCAGAUUCCGAGGAAUGGAAGUUUAUCAAGACAGUAAGUACCAUCUUGGAGCGUGUUUUUUAUUUACGUCUGCCUCAUGAGUCCUCAAAUCAACGGGAAUAUCUAAACUUACAACUGUUUAGUCAAUUACAAUGGUUGAACCACCGAGCAAUCCCUCCGUUUCUGUGAAGAAAGAAAAUCCUGAGCCCGAUAAUCAAAACAUAUACCUGGAUCACGAAGUUCAAUUUGUAGCGAGCAAGGCCCAAACUUCUCCCAAGCACGGAGAUGAGACGCUCGCCAAGAAGCCGCUUAAUUUUGAGAUGGAUGGAAGUAUGGACGAACCAAUUGAGGAUCCUCAAGACAGCAAAAAUGAACCAGCGAGGACUUCAGACUACCAAGCAGCUAGCAAUUCCCAGGUGAUGCUUCCGAAUAACUCCACUCCGGCGCAACCAGCGGAGUCGGUGUCACCGUCGAUCGAAAGUGUCACGGAAGUUUUGAAGCAAGGUUCUUCCAAUUCUCGAAACUUGCUCAAAGAGAUAGAGGUUGAUCAGCAUGUGCCAUCGGAUGAAACCCAAGAGGCUCCAGUCGGCAAGCAUAUGCCAGUAAGCGCUGACAUCCCACAAACCCCUGCUCCUAAAAACCUCACCUUGCCACCAAAUGAGGGAGCAAGCUCUGACGUUUUCGGUCCUUCUUUCGAGAUUUUGCCGUCUGUUCAGGAUGAGGCUGCUGGUGAAUCUUCGGACAGUCGAAAGACUUUUGGUUCCAGUUCACCUAGCAGUGGAGAUCUAUCAAACAUCGAAGUUCCGGUUCCAAGCGAAGCCGUCGAAGCGGACGACAACUCGAGCCUCAGUAGCAUGGAUUCAGACAAGGUCAGUGCAUUAAUGCCCGAGUUUGCCAUUCGAGAUGAAGAUAACAAGCCGAGUUUUGUUGGGACUGAAAUGGAGGGCGUAGAGCCCGAGGCUACUCCGAGACAGGUUCCCAAGAUUAAGCAAGAAGAGGAAGAGGACGAUGCCAAUCACGUGAUAUUCAAGACUCCUCCAAGUCCUCCAAGCAAGGUCGUCAAGCUCAGAGCCAAGGUAUCUACUUCUCAAGAGGCAGAUGAUGAGAAUGGUGGACCCAAGACGAUGAGCGCUGAUCAGACCAAGGAAGAGAUUCCUGUUCCACCAAAGCCCGAUAAUGCAAAAGCUGACCAACCUAAAGAUAUCGUCGUGGAAGGUUUCAUGAAUUUGUUCAAGAUUUUUUAUCGCCUUGAACCCAAUAUAUCAACAAACAAAUUCGAGGAUGCUAUAACCCAAACUGAGCUUCUCACUUAUUUGACAACACACUACGGACUCACGUCACCAGACAAGCAAAUUAGUGUCAACAAACUUAUAUGUAAAAAGCUUCUAGCUUUCGGCGAUGAGCUGUGGAUGGCUAUCAAGGAAGACCCACCUAGAUGGCUCUAUCAUUCGUUGUUUCUUCAAUGCGGUGCCAUCUUCAAAGGUAAUCUUACGAGUUCUUAGCACUCCAUCAAAUUCCUCUAAAUAAUUGCGUACUGACGGAUCUCCAGAAGCACUUGUCCACAUGAUUGGCAUGUAUCCAAUGUUUCCCUGGACAAACAUCCCAGAGAAUUAUUUGACACCGUACGUACAAUGUCUUAUUCGCGGAAAGGCAAAAGACUUGCGAGAUACAGUGGCGAGCAUUGAGAGAUCUCUGCAUGGGUUGACCGCCUACAUUAAAGGAGUUAAUGUGCUUGAACGUGGAGCGAAAGGAGGUGUGGCCUUGGAAGCAGUUCGCAUGUGGCACGAGUGGCACAGAGAGCAAAUGCUGAAAGAGUGCUACGCAUGGUCAAUCGAUAACAGUACAACUGCACUCCGAUUCCGGUUGAUGGGAGAAGCAGGACACGCCUACCUUGCCGAAGAUCACGAGUGGAACCGCUAUAAGGAGACAAUGGAGGCACAGGAGCACCGCUUUAAUGAUAUAGACGAAGCCCGUUUCAAGGACACUUUGAAGGACUUGAAGCAGAAGGCGCGGGACAUCGUCCGGCCACUGCUAAACAACAGCAGCAAGUUGAAACGUUACAAUAUGGAGUACUUGAUUUGUGUCUAUAUUGAUGACGAAGAGCUUCCAUGGGUCUGGGAUCCAACCAUGACGGAACUCGGAUUUGUUCGUCCACCUCCAGCUUAGGAGGAAAGAAAGAGAAGAUUUGAGAUUCAUUCGUUUGUUAUGGGAGAGAUUUAAGGAAAAAAGGAGCAGAUACGAUUCAUUCGGUUAUUAUGGGAGGGAAACAAUAUUUGAGGAAAAAGGAGAAUUAUCCAAGAUUCAUUCAUUCAUUACGGCAGCGGAGAUUUGAGGCAGAAAAAUGAUUUACUUUUGCGUGGGAAGGGGUAUUAUUGUUACAAUGAGCAUACUUUCAACGAAGCCAGGGGUUAUUUCGGCUGGGGUUGAGGAACGAGCUAAAGCGUUUAUUUGACGUCUGCAUGGGAAAAGUGCAGUGGGAUUAUUAUCAGAACACCAGAUACAAUGGAACAAAAAAGCUUUAAAAC